AUGUUGGAAAAACUACUUGAUGUUGAAGAAGACGCUUGCGUUGAAAAUGUAGCUAUAGGGGCUAGCACGAUAACAGUAUUUUUGAAAGCCCUGAAACAGUUCUGUGGUGAUGUAAUCGAAGUGCACAGUAAUUACACUACGCAUGAAAAUCGUGUGCUAUAUGAGGUAAUUCUUAACAGUUCUAACGAAGUAGAAAGACAAUCCAAGCCCAAAAUAAUGCUAGAAGCUGGACAGCAAGCUGGGUCACAGCCAGUUAUGCUCGCUCUUUAUGUAAUAGAGCAGCUCGUGGCUUGUGAGGAGUAUAGCGACAUGAUUGAGAAGGUGACUUGGGUUAUCUUGCCUUGCACUAACCCUGAUGGCCAGGAGUACAUGCGAUGUAAUCGAGAGCCCUGGUAUAAAAACUUGAAACCGCUGGAGGAGAACCAAAGUUUCGGUGUCGAUAUUUCUCGAAACUUCGACGAUUCCUGGAAUGCAUGUUCAUUACCAGACAACAUAUUCUCCCACGACUAUCGCGGACCCACGGCGGCCUCCGAAAACGAGACACAGUUCAUAAGCGACGCUAUCGAAAAACACAAACAGGACCUCAAAGCGUAUGUAUCUUUGAGACGCGACGGUCACGCUAUACUGUACCCAUUCGCCAGCAAAAGUAUAACCACAGAAGCCUUAGAAAGAGCAACAAGUGUAGCUGGUGAAAUAGCGGCGAAAGUAAAUCAGAGAUCGGGGGGUAUCCAAAGCUUUCUGAACACAAGCAUACACGAUAUGAACGGAGACGCCCGCUGCGGUCACAGCGUUGAUUAUGCGUACAACAAACACGGGAUACCAUUUACGUACGAGAUGCGUGUCUUCCCAGAAACAACUAAUCGCAUCAUGUCCAAGUUCCAAACGCUGCCCAAGGGCUACGAAGGCGUCUUACGUAACGGCUAUUUCAGCGGCAUUCGAGAGCUUUUCAAUAUUAUCGCUAGCGACAAAACGUAA